CCCCUUCCCACCCAUUCCCACUGUCCUCGCUCAGCCUUCGACUUGAGGACCCGGCGCUCCCGCAUUGCAAAAUCCCGACUUCUUCGCCGCCGCCUGGGCGGAUUUUUCUUUUUUCAAAGAGACAAAAGCGAUCGACUACAACAAGCUGACCCUCCCCUACUCUUGUAUAGCCGUUGGGAGGAGUGGUACCCCGCCGCUGAGCCCCAGCGUGGUGCGAUCCUCUCGCUUCGACCCGUCUCUGCCCUGCUAUUAGCCCUGCGGCUGCAGACAAAGUCGAACCACGACCUCCAGCAAUCGACUCACCCCAUCCACCUCGUACCAUACGACGGCCCAAAGGAAGGCUUCACACACGCGCGCGCGCACACAUACACACACUUACCACGGCUGCCUGGACUGGCGCAUUUGGCCACUACAGGACCCUGAAUCUCUUCUGACGGGCUCGAUAGCUAGCCACGGCUUGGCCUCCAGUGGGUGAGCCCGCUGCAAUUGGCACAUCUCGUGGACCGGCCAGAUCAAGCUCGCCGCAUCCACCAUCCCGGUGCCGCCAAACUCGUCCCUGACUCUCGGCAUCGACAUCUGAUCUCGUUUCCACUCUAGCCACACCGACCCGUUCCCUUGGGUCAUCUGCCACCCAUGGCUGACGACGACUCCACGGCCCGCUUCGGGCUCGAUGAGCCCGUCUUUGGCUUCAUGGGCGAUUCCGCGGCCGGCCCUGACACCAACUCGGAUUCCACCAACGCCCAAACCGACGCCGGCACCCAACCCUCCUUCUUCGGCACCUCGUCCACGUGGGACUUCCAAGUCACCCCUCCCUUCGACACAUUCAACGUCACCUCUGCCAGCACCGCGGCUCCUGUCCAGGCUCCCGCCGUGCCUACAACCUGGCCGCUGCAGGCCUACGACCAACCCCAGGCCUUCUCGCAGCCCCAAUCCCUGUCGAACUCGUCCCCUUCUUUUGACGGCUUUCCGCCGCCUAACGACUUGACACCGACACCUGUGUAUGCCCCGCAAGGCAAGAUUCCUGCAGCCACGCAUGCGCAGGCCCGUUCCUUGACUGCCAUGUCGCAUGAGGAGCUUCGACACAUCGCCAUGCCCCCUCACCUGCAGUACAACUCACCAAGAAGCGCCUCCAGCCCCGAGUCGGCGAGGAGUGAUCUCAAGCACGGAGCGAGCUCUUCGCCAGAGGUAGCCGGUCAGCAAGGCAGGGCAGACACGAGGAAGCGCAAGAUGUCCGACGAUCUGGACGACGAGGAUGAUGUGGAUGAGGAGGAGAAACCGGUAAAGAAAACGGCGCACAACAUGAUCGAGAAGCGCUAUCGCACGAACAUCAACGACAAGAUUGCGGCACUUCGCGACAGUGUCCCGAGCCUGAGAAUUAUGUCCAAGAGCGCCAGAGGCGAGGACACGACCGAGGACCGCGAGGAGCUUCACGGCUUGACGCCUGCCCACAAGCUCAACAAGGCAACGGUCCUCAGCAAGGCGACGGAAUAUAUUCGCCAUCUGGAAAAGAGAAACAGCCGGCUUUUGGACGAGAACACGGCCAUGAAGGAGAGGAUAGCCGCUUUCGAAAAGUUGUUCAUGGCUGGCGCCAUGAACGGUUCCAUGAGCCCGAUGCAGCAGCCGCCGACGCCGAUGCAGUACCCUCAGGACGGUCGGCAGCAAUAUUCUAACUCGCCUUUGGGCACGCCCCAAGAUGGAGGUGCUAAUCCAGCGGGCAUGAUCAACGUGCCAGAUGAUAUGAAGCGCAUCAUCUCGGCUCAAAUGGCAGUAGGCCAACCCUACCCUGUGCCUCAACAGCCGUUCCGCGCCGGAAACCCCGCCGUUCUGCGGCAGCAACAAAUCCAGCAGCAACAGCAGCAAAUGCAGCAGAAUGGGUGGAUCAACAACGUGAAUCCGUACUUCGGCAAGCUUAUGGUCGGCUCUCUCGCGGGUCUCAUGAUCCUAGAGGCCGUGCGUGAGAAUGAAAUGAGCAACGAGCGGCCCGAAGGCCGAGGGCUUUCCGCCUUGCCGAUCGAACUGCUCGGCCAGCUGUCGACAACGCUCGACUUACACGUCCUGGGAUACCAUGUACACACGUCGCUCAAGUUACUGCUGUUUCUCUGCAUCGCGCUUUGGGUAUUCGUGCCCUCGCUCUUCGCGACGUCGUCGGACAAGCUCAAGAAGCAACAAGCUGCAGCACUAGAGCGGGCACCGUCACUGGCUUCAUCGAUUGACGUGCGCCGCCGGGCCUGGCUUACUGCAAUACAAACGGUUUGGGUGCCACGACACAACUUCUUCCUGGAAGCGGCUGCUCUCAUGCUCAAGACCGUGAAGCUUAGCCUGCGCAAUACCAUCGGUGUUCAUGGCUACCAAAUGCUGACGGGUUUGACGGAAGACCAAGAGACGGCUCGUGUCAAGGCUUGGGCCAUUGCUCUGGACUCCCAGCUGGCCGGUGGUGACAUGGAUGUCUGCAAAAGUCGGUUGAUUUUGACUCUGCUGGCGUCUGGAACACUCCCGGAUACGCCCAUGAGGCUGAUGCUCAAAGCGCUUCACAUCCGAGUUCUUCUAUGGAACGUCAGCAGCGGCUGGCAACUUGGAGUCGUCAACGUCAUCGCUGCAAAGCUGGCUCGCAAGCGCUGGAACGAGGCACGUCAACUCAACCGGUUGCUCAUCCAGUUGCGUCGAGGUUCAGAGAAGCCGCACGACGAUGAACUGCCUGAGCACCUUCAUUCUCUCGUGGAGCAGGAAUGCGAUCUUGUCUUGACGUCUGCGGUUGUCCAGCGAGCCCAUAACCUGGCCUUUAACUUGGCGACGGCUGAGGGCGUUGACGAGCAGAUCGAUGGCAUGGACUCUGUGGUGGAAGACGCAGCAGUGGGAUCACCACUGGACGCUGUGGCAGCUUGGUGGUCGGCCGAGACGCUGCAUCGUGUACUGACGUCUGCGCUCGUCAAAGGGACUGGUGAUGAGCCCGACAACGCUGCACGAAUUGAGGCCGCCAUCAAGGCUGCGCCAAGCGGCACCAUGGCUCAUGUGCGUGGCCUCGUUGCCCGCGCCGUGCUUGUCAAGGAUUCGCGCGCCGAGCAUAUCCGCGUAGCCUGCCAGGCGAUACAGGCCGACAGGAUCGAAAGCCCUUGGAAGAACUCGACGUUGAUGAUCACCUCUGCAUCGCACUUUUCGGACCGCGACUUGCGACUUGCUAUCCUCUGUGCGAAGACGAUGACUCGUCUGGAGGACAAGGAGGCUGCGAGCCACCUGGAGGCGAGGAGCCUCAACUUCAUUAACGCCCUCACACGACCUGAGUACAUGUCGUCCAUGACGCUAUUGGGCUUCACAUCGUUCAUGGAAUUGAUGAGGCCACUCAUGGAGUGCGAUGCCGCCGAGGAAGAUUACGAAGGGGCGUUGUCGAAGUUGUCGAGCACCCUCCGCCUCUGGAUGGGCAAGCCCUACGCAAGCAAGUGUGGAGUCAACUCGGAGCUGCGAGACAGCAUCGUCGAGCGGUGUUUGGCGGCAACGAAGGCUUUGGCAGGAUCGGAACGCGACACAGGAUACGGCAGUCUGAGCGACGCCGAAGGGGCGGAAGCCUAGUUGACCUUUUUCUAGUAUGUCGUCGGUUGUCUGUCCAUUUUCCGGCGUUUGGGAUUGAGCUCUGCAGAAGGCUCUCUGCACGCGCUUCGUUUGACAUGGAAAUAUAUUGACGCGUCCCCUUUUUGCGGAAUAUUGUACAAUCUAGGGCACGCGGUCGCGUCGAAACGGUCGGCGAUCGUUGGCCUGCGCCCUCUCUUCUCUUUUCUUCUUUUUUAAUAGCGGCAACGGGGAACUGAACAGGGACGAACUGUCCGGCAUAACGUGUGGAACGAAAAGGAGACGUAUACCUAUAUAUAUAGAAUGACGAUACCGCCAGGUAUCGCUGGUGUUGCUCUCGGGGCUCCAUGCAGUCUACGUAUGGUACAUUCAUUGCUCAACACCUACAUAAUUCAUCUUUAGUCGUGGCAAGCCGAGAUGGCAGUACUGAAGCGCGACUUGGGUGACGGGCGGCUUUGUCUGUUGGGACGACUCGACCUUCCCUUUGGGCAACCAUCAUACCUCCCUCAUUGUAGGCAGGCAUCACGUCC